UGACCGGCGUAUUGAACUUGAUGAUGGACAUUGAGCAGAUAGCUUUUUCAAAAACGAUAACACUUAGGUUUUCCAGUCAGCGGUUUAUAAAAACUCGAGGCGGUAUUGGAUUGCAUCUGUUACCGAUCCUCGUGUGUGUUCUCACCUUUGCUGCAGUCACGACUUGUUAUUUCCUCUCUCUUACACAAGACCACAUAUCACCGUAUUUUCCGUACAUCAGUGAUGCUGGUUCAAAGAUCCCAGAAAGUUGUAUUUUUGGUCAAAUAUUAAAUAUUGUUUCAGUUUUGGCAGGUUUAUGCUUCUACUCAUGGCAUAGACAUUUGUUAGAUUGUAGUCAAAAAUUUAAUCAUCAAUGUUAUCGUCAAAUUAGAUUGGCUAGAGUUGCUUUGUGUUUUGGUCUUAUAUGUGCAGUUGGUAUGAGUAUAGUAGCCAAUUUUCAAGAAACAGCUAUUUGGUCUAUGCAUCUCCUCGGUGCAGGUCUACUUUUUGGUGGUGGUUCGGCGUAUGAACUUGCUGUCACAUAUAUUACAUAUAAAUAUCUUGGACAUAGUCAAAUUCGGAUUACUCGUUUAGUAUUGGCAUUCAUUUCUGUUUCUUCAUUUUUAUUACAACCAACAACUGGAUUAAUCGCACGUCUCAUGUAUGAUGGUGAUAAUAUUAGAAAAUGGAAACCAACUGAUCAAGGUUAUUCGUUUCAUGUAAUAAGUAGUAUGUCUGAAUGGAUUACAGCUUUAUCAUUUAUAUGUUUUAUUUUUACACUGGUAUGGGAAUUGAAAGAUUACAAAGUACAUGAUAUAAAGGUACGUCAAUUAUUGUCCCUAAUAACAUUAUUAAUGUUUUUUUUUACUGAAGCACUAAUGAAAAAGUUGUAUUUUAAAAUCUUUAGAAGUUGAAUCUAUACAUAAUAAUAUAGAGCUGUUUUAUAUGGGGCAAACAACGUGAAUAAUCCUUGUCAAUGAUAUUUCUGUUUUAUUUUGUCUUAAACUGCUCUCAAACAUAGAAAUAUUUUUAUGGGAUCGAAAUAUGUGACCAACUCAGCUAUGUUAGACGAAUACACUGACGAAAUACAAUGUCCCGUACAUGAUACAUCUAGUUUUUUAUGACUUUAUUGCGAGUGUAGUCUGUACCAACCACAUAUUUUGCAUAUGCAAACGAUUACAAUUAGUAGGAAUUUAUUUCAUAGGGUCAAUUAGAUUUAUGGAACCCCAUCAAAUUUCACUGAAUAAGAUGGAAUAAAUUCCACUAAAAUGACACGUGAGUCUAGGCCUGAGGUUCGUAGUUUAGGGGAAGGAAAAUUGUUUGAAAAUAUUACAUUCUCUGACCAUAAUCUUCUCUGUCCUUCGGAAAAACAUCAUCAGAGCAUACUUUGAAGAAAAAAAGGUACUAAAGUUUUUUGCAAAUAUUUAACCGCUUGUUUUGUUACGCUAAUUUUUCAUUGACUAUCUACAAUUGUGUUGUAUGCAAACUGUGACAUGUCUCAACAGCAAUCAAUCAGACAGGAUGUAAGCAGAAUAAGUUGUAAAAGUUCGCUUCUUUUCAAAAUAUCGUAUCAAUGAUGCUUUUUAAAAAAUAAUAUGAAAAUUUCAAGAUCAAACCACAUAUCUUGCGCAAUCCGACAUCAAAAAGUCUAGAGGAAAAUGAAUAAAUUUUCUGAAGAUUACAGAAUUUGUUGCCAGUUUAUAGACACACUCAGUUUGAUAUGGGCAGUAAUGUCAAACGUAAAGGAGCUAUAUAUGAUCUUCGAUUAUUUGAAUUGUUAUGGCUAAAAAUUGUUUAGGUAGUACAUUUCCCACAAGAAUUACAUCAGCACGAGGUGUCAGUUUUCUACCGUUAUUUUUUUGUAAGUUAACAUCCUGUUGAUGCGUGAAGUGUAUCCAAGGUCAUUUUCAGUGCCGCAACGGAAUGAUUAUAAUAAUCUUAUAAGCAGAGAUAAUAAAAUAAGCCAAGUAAGAAGCAACAACAAUAAUUGCCAUAAGAGAUCUAUUGAUAUGCAUGCGCCAUGUUGUUUAGUGAUCCACUGUUCAAGUUAGAUAUUUAAAUUAUUUUAGUAUACCAGAGACGCUGUAGGUGUAAUAUAUUUUCAGUUAGGGAGGUUUUAAUGAGUGGAAUCCUGUCCAUAGCGAUCAUACUCUUAAUGUUCCUAUAAGUGCACUGGUAGGAUGGGAUAUACUUAAAGGUAUAAGCAAAUUUAAGCCAUAGAUACAGCAAACAAUUGGACAGAUUGCGGCAAAUUAUUCGACUCUCAAAAAUUUAUUAAUAAAGAGUUACGCAGUCUUUUACUGUUUCAGCAUAUUGAAUUGCACUAGUGGAUGUGUAAAAUUGUAUUCAGUAUUUCAAAGAAAAAAAUUAGUUCAACUCUCCGCUUCCAUGAAGUGUCAAGUCUCAAGCUUAUUGCAGGUGGAUUUAUAGUUUAAAGUACAAUCAUUUAAGAUAAUUUCCUAAUUGAGUCUAAACAAAGUAUAUUGGACAUCCAUUUUAACACGAGCGGACUUUUUUCAUCUUGGAACUCAGUUAACUUUUUCAUAAGUUUUAACCAGUAUCUUGUUGUUUGAAAUAACUACAAGUGACAGCAAAAAAACGACUUAAUGUAUUAUAAAAAUAUGUGAGUGUUUUUUCAAAAAAAGAAAAGCGUCGAAAUAAAACUUUGUUUAGAUUAUUUGAAUUCGAUUAUCACACUGUUAUUCUGUUAUAAAGUUGGAUAAAUUAUAAUUAACAAGAUUGUAUCAGUUAACUAUUAUAAUAACACUUGUGUGGUAUGUAUAUAUGUAAUAAAUUUACAUGUCAGUCGUGCUGAAAUUUGUUUACUUAUUCAUCUUUUAUAGAUUGUUAAUCGAUGGAGUAUAAUUAGUGUUGAUAAUUAUGGUAAUAAUAAUAAUAAUGAAAAUAUACUUUCCUAGAAUCAAUUGUUUGUUUGCUUUUCUAGAUUUAAGCUACUAUUAAACAGGGGAUGAAUUUCGAAUCACAUCUCUUAUCUGUCCACUGUUUUUUUCAUAUUUAAGAUUUAUUUAUUCAAUUAAAUGAAAACAAUUUAUAACCAACCUUUUUACGAAAUUAUAUUUACAUAGUUAACUAAUCCAUCUUUUUCGAAUUAAAAGAAAUCAUGUAUACUUGUCAUUUUGUUUUAACUGUGAAAUAAUUAAUUUAUUCCAGAUUUGGUUGUUUAUUCAUGAAAUCAUCAUAGAAACUGUAAUUAUCUCACUACAAUUCCAUGAUAGAAGUAAAAGAAAAAUUAAUUUUAUCAAGUUUGUUCUUGUUUUGUAGUGAUACCAUGAUGAUGUACAAAAGUUAGAAUAAAGAUUGAUCCAGGAAUAAAUGAUACGCUUAGUAGACUAGUCUAUGACACUGUGUACUUGUGAAUACAUUUAAAAGUGAGGUGAAGCUAUUAUUUGUGAAUUUGACGAUAUUUUUUUUAAAAAUAGUUCAUGUAUUUCGGUCUAUUGCUAUUUAAUUGUACUGAAUAAAGAUCAACAAAGUUAACGUCUAAUAAUUACCAAAUAAAUACUCAUGAAGGGUAGUGUAUUUCAAUGUUAUACUCGAUAUCAUUGUUAUACAUGUUAAUCGUGAUGUAGUAAUUAUGUACAUGUUCGAAUACACGACUUUACUCCAAACGUGAUAUGACAUAGAUACGCAAAUGCGAAAAAAGGUGGAUCAACGCUGUACUGUACGUUUAUUGAUGCAUGGAAGCUGAAUUCACCAAACUUGAAAAUAAACUCAAAUCAUGAGUGUGAUUUAAUAAGUAAAUGUCGUAACAAAUCUUUUAGUCAUUCGGUUUCAGGUCCACGGAAAGGUCGAAGUUUUCGGUUCGGAUGGCUGUGUAGUUUCACUGACCUAUACAAACUGUGAACUUCAAGACUGACUACUAAAACAUGUAAUUGACCUAUAAGUUAAAUCAUCGCUAAAAUGAAAGAGGAAUUUUCAAAGUGCCUGUUGUGUUAUUUUAUUUCUUGUCCAACAAAAUACAGAAGGCUAAAUAUUUUUCUGAAUUAAAUGUGUUCUUUCGAUG